GCCACAAUGAAACAACACAUUAGUUCCCGAACAUUCCCGAUUCAAAUCAAUCAAACAAAUUCCCCAGAUAUUUUCUUCCUCCACGUUCCAUUUUCUUUAUAUAUUACCCUCUGCUCGCCUCUUCAUGUUCAAUCCAUUUCAUGCUUGGAUUAACACCAUCAUCGGUUUUAAGUUUUCAGCGCUGAUUCUUAAAUAUCUGGUUGUUUUUCUGUUGGGAAAUAAAAGUUGGGUCGGUGAUGAUGGAGGGGGAACCUGCUUUACCUUCUUAUUAUAACGUUCUGGGGGUCAAGGUUGAUGCUUCUAUUCAAGAUAUAAAGCGUGCUUAUCGAAAGCUUGCAAUGCAAUGGCAUCCAGAUAGGUGGACGAGAACACCUUCUCUAUUGAGUGAAGCUAAGCAUAAAUUCCAGCAAAUUCAAGAAGCCUAUUCGGUUUUAUCAGACCAGAGGAAGAGAACUCUGUACGAUGCUGGGUUAUAUGAUCCUGAAGAUGAAGAGGAUGAGGGUUUUUCUGAUUUUAUGGAGGAAAUGAUCUCUCUCAUGUCUCAAACGAGGAAAGAGGAGAAAGUUUGCAGCCUGGAGGAGUUGCAGAAAAUGCUAUGGGAUAUGGCACAAGGAUUUGAAUCACCGUCAUGGUUCUGUGGGCCGAUUGAAGAGGGUGGGAGCUCAAAGAGGACAAAAUGGGAUUCAAGUGGAAUGAGUGAUAGACCCGGAGGUUUGGGAGUAACAGGGUUCAAUAUGUAUGAAACCAGAAGUUAUUGAAACAUUAUCAUUGUAUUGAUCUCGAAAGCCAUUGGAGCUUCUGGAACGUUUGGAAACACAACCCUGAAUGAAUGGGGAUGGGAUGGUCACACUUGUUGGAUAUUAGUGAGGGAUGUGCUAGUAUUUUUGGGAUUUGGAUCUUCAGUUUUGGCAUGGCAAGAUCAGAUUGCUUGGGCAUCUAACACUCCUCAUCUUUGGUGCAAUUUCAUUAAUUGUAGUUUAACCAAAUGAGAAGGGGAAGCCUUUUUUUUAAUCUUCCGAAAUUGGUUUCUUGAGAAAAAUGGUUGUUUGUAGAGUGUAGUUAAUAAGUGUUUCUCCACAGGUUUGAACGGUUGUAUGAGCUUUUGCAUUCAAGUGUAAAGGCGGACUGCAAGGUUUUAUGCAUUGGAACUUGGAUGUGGUAUGAUCUUCAAUCUGUUGUGGACAUCCAUAAUAUUAAGAAGAGAUGCUUAAAUUUAUCCUUUUUUUUAACCCAAUAUUUAUUUUGUAAAUACAUAAAUGACUAACAUUUUCUAUUUUUAA